UGUUUACCGUCCUGUCAUGAGCGUCUGUGCUACGGGAGUAAUCGUCGUUUCUGUUAAUGGUGCUUUCAUGAGGCGUUAACACACACACAUAUCAAUGAUAUCAGCGAUAUCAUACACACGACAUCCUUUCAUAUCAAAUUAUACAAAAUAUUUGAAGGUACAUUAAAGUGUCUGGUCGUUGUCCGUUUGCCUUUAGAGCAUUAAAGAGCGAUGAUGGCGUCCAGCUAUAACGCGAAGGAUGAGGAUGGCCAUCAUCCUGGAUCAGUCGGCUCCGGCGGCCCGGGCUCUGUCAAAAGCAAGAAGCCCGAUAACACUGCCUUUAAACAGCAGCGAUUGCCCGCAUGGCAACCCAUCCUGACCGCCGGCACCGUCCUACCAGCCUUCUUCAUAAUCGGAUUAAUCUUCAUCCCCAUUGGGAUCGGACUCUUCGUCACCUCCAACAACAUCAAAGAGUUUGAGAUUGACUAUACUGGUGUUGACAUGUCCAGUCCCUGUUUCAACUGCUCGCACAACUAUAACUGGAACAGUACAAGUGCCUGUACUUGUUCUGUGCCCUUCAAUCUAGACCAGCCUUUCGAGAGUAAUGUUUUCAUGUAUUAUGGACUCUCCAACUUCUAUCAAAACCAUAGACGUUAUGUCAAAUCAAGAGAUGAUAGUCAGUUGAAUGGAGAUAAAAGCUCUUUACUGAAUCCAAGUAAAGAGUGUGAGCCUUAUCGAAUAAGUGACAAGAAGCCCAUAGCUCCCUGUGGUGCUAUUGCUAACAGUCUCUUCAAUGAUACUUUGGAGCUCUUUUAUAUCCAUCCAAAUGGAAGCAGAAUACAUAUUCAUCUCGUAAAGACGGGCAUCGCUUGGUGGACUGAUAAGCAUGUGAAGUUCAGAAACCCUGGAGGAAACAAUAACAACCUUUCUGUAGUGUUCCAAGAUACAAGCAAACCUGUGAACUGGCACAAGACCGUUUAUGAGCUGGACCCCAUUGAUUCUGAGAACAAUGGCUUCAUCAAUGAGGAUUUUAUUGUAUGGAUGAGAACAGCUGCCCUACCCACCUUUAGAAAACUCUACCGUAUCAUUCAGAAGAAGAAGGACAACAUGACCCCAACGUUACAACCAGGAAACUACAGCCUGGAAGUGACCUACAAUUACCCGGUGCGCAGCUUUGAUGGCCGCAAGCGUAUGAUUCUCAGCACGAUUUCCUGGAUGGGAGGGAAAAACCCUUUCCUGGGCAUCGCCUACAUCACGGUGGGCUCCGUGUGUUUCUUCCUGGGAGUGGUGCUGCUGAUUAUUCACCAUAAAUACGGGAACCGCAACAACAAUGCUGACAUCCCAAAUUAACAGAUAUCAGCACCCUGCAAUCUACACCUAUACACUGAUGUGAGAUAUACAAGCAUGAGUCACACAGUUACAGUUUAUAUAUAAUCUGUCAUAUCUCAUGCUGGAAGAUAGGUAGCCAGAGGGACUACUUGCAAAUGUAUUGUUUAUGCACUGGUAUUUUAAUGAUCCGUUUUAAGCAUUGAAUCCCUCCACACUACAGCUUGAUAUUUAACUCAGUUGCUCUUUCUACAUGAAGUGCUGUGUGGUGAGGACGGUAUGAUGAUUAUCGAGCAAUUUGAUGAUGAUGUCAUACAGAGAAACUCUAUUUGGGUAUUAUUGCUGAUGGUAUGGUACAAUCAUAAAUCAUGAGUUUUUAAUAAUAAGAUAUAUAGUUUGACUCUUAAAUCAGCAGCGGUUAUCUGAAUGUAUUGUUUGCAAUGCUAUACUGUGAGUGUCUAUGUAUGGAGAUUAACGCUAAUGUGUUUAUUUUUUGAAAAUAUUAUACCAAAUGUGUAUUUUAAAAAAGAAAAGAUAAGUGUGUGUUUAGUAUUUGGUAAGAAAUUCUUUAUCCAUCUUAAUGCUGUACAUGUGUGUUGUUGGGCCAAAGUCAUGAGAAUAAACAACAAAAAGCAUGAA